AUGCAAUGCCGCAGAAGACAAGGACUGGAGAAGAAAGAGACCAAAGGGACACUGCAUUAUGAGAGGGAGACAGUUACAGGAAUACCAAUACAAGACAUCACGGCAUCUUGCCUGACACUCUCAAACAUGCAGACAACAUUUGAGGAAAAUACAUCAACAACAGCUGUAUCAAAACUACAAUCCAUCAGACUGACAAAUGAAGGCGUUCUCGGCCUCCCUCAAGACAGAAGCCAGCGACCAAACUUGACAAAUCGCGCCUUCUCCGUCACGCUCAAGCAGCAGUACAACAGCAUCAGCAGAACAGCAGCACAUCAACAACAGCACAAUAGCAGCAACACAUCAACAGCAGCAGCGCGCCAACUCCAGCGCCACAACAGCGACAACAGCAGCAGCGCGCCAACUCCAGCGCCACAACAGCGACAACAGCAGCAGCGCGACAACAGCAGCAGCGCGCCAACUCCAGCGCCACAACAGCGACAACAGCAGCAGCGCGACAACAGCAGCAGCGCGCCAACUCCAGCGCCACAACAGCGACAACAGCAGCAGCAGUAG